AGGAGAUAGGUCAUCAGACUAUAAGAUAAUAUCUAGUAGUGUGCAGUUACAAUGCUCAGUAUUUAUUUUUUUGCCUUACUUUCAUUUUCUUAAAGAAGAGGAUCUUGUGUUUUCUUCAAGAAGUCUUUCAGGGUGAAAAAAAUCCCUCCCCUCAGACAUGGGAAUGGAGCAUUGCGGUUUACAGGCCUGACAUGGGGACAAGCGCUUCUUUUACUCUCUGUAAUUCUGUGUCGUCAGUAAAUAUAAAAAAGUGCAAUGCUAAGAUCAACCCAGAAUCUUCUCACAAACACCCACUGAGCCAAAUCUUCGGAGCGCCACUGGAAACACUCAGAGAGGCCGGGCUCAUGGUGUGUGGAGUUCCACUGGUUCUCCACAACAUGGUGGAGUAUUUAGACCACUAUGGAGUCCAGCAGAAAGGCCUGUUCCGUGUCAGCGGCUCAGUCACUAAAGUCAACCUCCUAAAGACAAAGUAUGAUGCUGGAGAGGCUGUGGACCUGCAGAUGGAGGGGGAUGCCCAGUGUGUAGCCUCCCUGAUGAAGCUCUUCCUCAGAGAGCUCCCCACAUCUCUUAUUCCAGCUGUGCUGCACACAGACCUGAUCACCGCAUUCAGAGAAAGCAAAGACGAGGCUGAGCUCAACCACCUCUUGAAGAAACAACUGGACAGCCUGCCUGCGGAUCACUAUAGUCUGCUCUCAUACCUUACUCACUUCCUCCUGAGAGUUGCAGCCCACAGCCAGGAUAAUCAGAUGACAGCGGAGAAUCUGGCCACAGUAUUUGGGCCCUGCAUAUUUCAGGUUCCGGUGGGGCCCAACAUGCUUCGGGACCAGUUUGUAUGCAAUGCCAUCGUCCGGCACUUGCUGAAGAACCGGGAGGUGCUGCUGAGGGCAGGCUGGGAAGCAACGCCACCCGCACUGCAGCCAGCGCACGCUGCCACCGAGUGGCAGGCCAGCCACUCUGAAAGAUCCGAAGUAACUAAGAACACAAUCCCCAGAGAGAAGAGCACAGAGUUCCUUGGCAGUCCAGAGAUAAACCUUCCUGCCAACCCGGAGGAGCUCCAGAAGCUGGUACCUGUUGGCACUGAGCAGGGCUCUUCUCCACACAGAGAAGUGGCUGUGCCUGGAGACACACUGACAUCAAUCACAGGCCUCAGCACAUCGCUGAUCUUAAGUAUACAAGGCAUCUCUAAUAGUGGUGUGGAUUCAAAACAGAGUUUGGAAAACACCGGGGAGCUGCAUGAAGAGAGCCUUGAGAGGUCCAACCAGCAGCGAAGACGACAAGCUGUGGAGAACAACGAGCUCGGUCAAGGCCUCUCAGCUGCCCUCCUGUCUGCCAGAGAGCGGCGGCGUCUGCUGAGAGGGCAGGAAGGCUCCAGCCGUGGCAGGAUAACGGCUGACCAUAACAAGGAAAACCUGCCCUGUGACGCCGUUUUCAGUGAGGAGGGCGAACAGCUACCCAAAGACACUAUGCCACACACAGAGAAGAAACCUCUGGGCGAUCUUGAGAAACACCAUGAAGACGACUUUCAGCCAAAGAGGUCGAAAUCAAGCACUGGGCUCAUCUUGGAUCAAGAGCAGGACUACUCCAAGAACAUGGACAAUGUAAUGCCAAACCUGUCUACAUAUCAAAAGGAAACAGGUGCAGGAAACAAUGAGGUCCACAAUGGUCUUGGUUAUAAAGAAGCACAGGAUUUUCAAAAUAGUAAGGUACACAUACUGAAGGAGGGCGAAAAUGGCCUUCAGGAAUCCAAAGAGCUGAACGAGCUGAUGAAAGGUGGUCUCAUGGGGGGGAUCCAGCUACAGCCUGCAGCACAAGCCAGUUUUUUCCCUGCUUCUGAAGGAAAGGGCGCCUGCAGUCAGAGCACGGACCAAGGCGAGGACAGUGCCCAGAUACAGGGCAACAAAGAGCAAAGCCUCCCAACAGCGCGCAGUGUGCAGGCAGAGGAGAGCAGUAACCCUGGAGAGCCUGUGCCGGCGCUGAGGAUCCUGCACCACGAGAGGGAGAGCUCUGCCGAAUCCCAGCAGGCCCCAGGGCCCAGCCGGCUCCUCCAUUACAUCACCGACGGUGACAGCCCCCUGCCCUCCCCGCGCUGCCCCAGCUUCAGCCAAAGCCAGAGGUUCAACAGUGACCCCGAGUCAGCCCCAUCGCCUCCUUCCGCCCAGCAGUUCAUCAUGUCCAGAGGCAUUGUCAGGACUGUUCCCUCGGAGGGCUCCAAAGAGCCACUGUCAGUGGCACUGCUAACCAAACACAUCCAGAACCUGAAGAAGAAGAUCAAGAAGUUUGAGGAGAGGUUUGAGCAGGAGCGGAAAUACAGGCCUUCACAUAACGACAAAACAGCAAAUCCAGAGAUGUUUAAGCUUAUGGAUGACCUGGCUAAGUCUCGCAAACAGCUAAAAGACCUCAAACUAAAACAGUCUGUCGUGGAGCUGAGAGAACGGAGGACUGAUUCACAGACAGAGAUGAGCAGAGUGAGCAGCGACCCACAGGGAGGAGCAGAGCAGCAGCAUAAACCAUGUCUAGAGGAGACUGUCGACACGCUCCUGAAGAGGCUGAAAGAAAAACGGAGCACACUGGGCCUUCCCGAAAACAUGAAGGAAAUGAAUCAAAACCAAAUGGCCCUGGAGAAAGUUACUCUUCAGAAAUGUUUGCUGUAUUUUGAGAGUCUGCACGGACGGCCGGUUACCAAGCAGGAAAGAAAUCUCAUGAAGCCCCUCUAUGACAGAUACAGAGCCAUCAAACAGCUGCUCUGCUCGACGCCAUCCAUAACUACUAUUGAGGAAGAAGAUUCUGAUGACGACAACAUGCCGCACAGUCCUGCUCCACCAUCCAGAGCGCUCUGUCAGAUCUCCACCGAUGAGUCUCUGUGUCCGCAAGACGAAGACAAUGAGACUGCCUUCGUGUCACCUUUGGAUGAAGUGAAAGCAGUCAGACAGCCAGCCAUCACUAUGUCCAAUUUGCAUGAAGCUUCCAAGCCUGAGCUACUAGAGUACCUCCGGGAAACAAGAGCAGAGAAACAUAGGCUUCGCAGAGCUUUACGAGAAUUUGAAGACCAGUUUUUUAAACAAAUGGGGAGGGCUGCCCAAAAGGAGGACCGCAUUCCAAUGGCUGAAGAAUAUUACGAAUAUAAGAAUAUCAAAGCUAAACUCAGAUUGUUGGAAGUUCUCCUCAGCAAACAAGAAGCUUCAAAGACUAUUUGAGGGAUGAAUUACCUUUUUUUAUUUUGAAGACCUGUUAAGACAUUAGCAUUGAAAGAUGUUUUCUAUUGAACUUGUUUGUGCCCUACAGACACUACGAUGCACUUUACUAAUAAUCACCCUGGUUGACAAAAUGAAAAGAUGGCAACAUAUUCAACUGUUGCUUAGCAACGGACAUUUCAAAUGCCUCUCGUCGUUUGUGAAAAAGCUGCAACAUGCACUAUGACUACUUAUGUAGCUAAUGUAGCUCCUAAAAUAGUUUAUUUUGAAAACAUGGAAAUAACAUUUGAAACAGAACUGACGUUUGUUCACAAGAGUGGUAUUUGUUUCUAUGCUAAAAUAUGGCACUUUAUUUUUACUGAAGGGGGAACAUAUUAUUGCUCUUUUUUUAAACCAAAGCCAAAAUAAUAUGCAUCUUUCUUUGUUCUCAUUAGCAUUUUACAUUUUCUGUAAUCUUGAAACUAGAAUGGACAAUUUCACUAACAUAAAAAGGGAUGGGGAUCCAGUUCAUUUGAACACUUGUCUGCAAACAUUUGUUGCUUCUAAAAAUCACAGUAAUAUAUUUCCACCUUUGUCCAUUACUUCAAAAAACUGCAUUUAGUUCAGAAAAGCAUGUCAGACCUAGUAUCUGUUCAGAAGACCAAAACAUUACUUAUUACAUUUAGUACCUCUAAUUCACAGCUAUUAAGCUCAGAAAUUUAAAAACAUAAAAUGUCACUAUGUCACUUAAGUUUUGGGAAGCUUGGACAUCCUUGUAAAAAUAAUGAAAAAUGGCAAUAAAGAUAAGGCAUUAAGAGUUUGUUAAAGAGGAGCAAAGAAGGGCAUCUCUUUCUGAAACAUCCUCAAGACCUUGGGUUAAUUAUAUAGGAUAAAUCCAAUACAAAAUAUUAGUCUGCAUAAUGCAUUUUUAGAGUACUAUGUUG